AUGACUCAGAGCUUGCUAACAUGUCGAUGUCUGCCCAGCAGUGCCACUGAGAGUCAGACCAACAUGGAGGCCAGACUGAAGUCACUGCAGUGUCACUUCACCUGGGACGAACUCACCAAUGAAACCAAACCUGGGACUGUCAAAGAAACUUUGGAGAACAUUGGCAUAGAUGAAGGGAACUACUGGCUGCCUCACAUCUACAACCUCCAGGGUUACCUCCAUCACCGCCUGGGCUCAGAUAAGGAGGCCCUGCAGUUCCUUCACCAGGCCACAGAGGACUUCCACCGUCGACACGGCCCUGAAGAGGGUCCCUGGCUGAUGGUGAACUACGGGAACCUGGCUUGGCUGCUUCAUCUGACAGGGCAGCAAUCAGAAAGUGAGCGAUACCUAUCACUGUCUGAAGAUCUGAUGGGGGGGAUCCAGGGUGAGCUGCAUCCAGAGGUGGCUGCUGAGAAGGCCUGGACACUGAUGGCACUGGUCUCCAACCAUCUGAAGACGGUGGAAGAACUUUUCCUGGCCGCCAUUGAGAGAGAGCCAGAGCGGGUGGAGUGGAAGACCUCCCUUGUCUUAGCUUUAGUCAGAGCUGAGAAGCAUGAGUCUUCCCUGAAAGAAGACACCUGGCAGAGACUGCACCGUGCCCGACAAGAAGAUCCAGAGAACCUGUACAUUGCAGUGAAACUCCUCUGUCACCGAGCCAAACAAGGAGAAGAUGUUGCAGAUGAAGCUCGGAAUUUGGCUCAGGAAGUGUUAAGAAGCCCUGCCAGCAGCUACAGCGGCCUGAAACAAAUGCUAAGAUUAUACAAUAACGUCCUCUCCCCUGAUGAGGCAGUCAAACUGGCAGAAGAUGCUCUGAUAGAACAUCCAGAUGAACAUUACCUGAAACGGUGUGCUGCACUCGGCUACUAUUUGAAGAUCACCUUUAACGAGGGAGAUCCUGUGCCACCAUUCAUGAUGGACAGAGCCAUCUGGCUCCACCAGGAUGUGAUCGCUCUGUACCCUGGUACUCGCCUGGUAAAGCUGAUACAUCUUGCAAACAUACAUGCAUGUAGAGAUCAGAGGACAGCAGAUCAGAUGUACUGGGACCUUUUUGCACAAUUUCCCGAUCAGGCACAUCAACAGAUGCUUUGCAACCAUUAUGGAAGACUCUGGAAUAAACGCAGAGAUUACCCAAAGUCACUGUAUUACCACAAGAAAGCGGCGAUGAUGGAAACACAAGGUUUCUACCGUGACAACAGCAUCAAGUACCUGGAGACAUGUGCUGCACGAUACAGAAAAUGGGCUUCUGACAUCGAGGAGUUCCUGAACCACCUGCCCGGAGUCGAACCUUAA